CUUAAAAGUACUAUCCUACCCAAAAUGGUUGGCAUGUGGUCUUUAGUGAGUGAGUUUCAUCAAGGGAAAACUACUUGGGCAUUCAAAGCAAGAGCAGUCCGUGUUUAUGAAAUCCCGGCCUAUGGGAUACAUGGUGAAUAUUUGCAGUGCAUCUUCCAUGACUCUGAGUGGAAUACUAUCUCUUGCACUCUAUGGGAGGACUUGAUAGAUCAGUUGGUAGACUUUCUGCGGACAAAACCCAAGUGCAUCAUUCUACUUCUUCAGCUAUGCCGUGCAAAAAAAAUUCAGGGUCAUGUGAAUGUGGCCAACAUGUUCAAUGUGACCAAGAUGCUUCUAAAUAGCGACAGUGAGGAGUGUGUGGAGUUCAAAGCCACCUUCGGUAGUUUUGUUGGUGAUGCUUUUCAAGAUGACCUUGGAAGCGGAAGAGUUCCUUUUGUUUCUAUUGAUGAUCUAAUCAAAAUGAAAGAGGAUGGAAAACACGUGAUCUACGGAGAGAUUUUGGCAAUAGAUAGUUACAAGGACUGGUUCUAUAUUUCUUGCAAGGGGUGCAUCAGGAAGGUGGUAGCUGAGGGUGAUAGUUUUUGGUGUGGUGUGUGCAACACAGCAGAAGUGGUUAUGAGGUACAAAGUUAACGUUACGGUGAUGGAUGAAUCGGCCAAUCGGGUCAUGCCUCCUUUGUUUUUUGGGACAAAGAGUGCAUAACUUUGAUUAGAAAAACAACGAAUACUCUUCGUGAGGAGAUUGAAGAGAAAAAUCUUGGACCUUACUAUUUUCCAGUUGAGAUAGAUGGUUUGGUUGAGAUUAAGGGGUUGUUUCGAGUUCAGACAAAGAGGGAGAGAUUUUGUUACAGAGGUGCUCCAACAUUUAGUGUUAUCAGAAUGAAUUGUGAUCCUACAGUUCUCUCUUUGUACAAGUAUAAAGGAAAAGUGGAUGAAGAAGAUGAUGAUUUUACACUUCUGAAGAAGGAGUUUUCUGUGGAUGAAGAAGUGACCACAGUCAAAGAAGAAGACACUAGCCCCUUGCUGACAAGAAAAGAAAGGAAAGAAGUUGUUGCUAACCUGGAUGGUAUCAAGAGGAAGUUGUUUGAUGAGCCCCCACCUGUGUAGCCAGCAAAGAAGCUGAGGAAAGUCAAAGUGGAAAAGCAGUAGCAAUGUCUGAAAAGAUGCCAAUUUUUGUGAAUGGGCCCUUAAGAACGGGUUUCCAAAUGAUAGGUGUCAAUAUAUGUUGUUUUUGUUGGUGCAUGGGCCCUUAAAAUUUUUUUGUGUGGUUUGUUCUAUGGCUGGGUAUUGCCCAGGGAAAGGGUCAGGUUAUGGUACAAACUUUUGAUUUGGAUUAUUUUUGUUAGGUAAUCUAUUCUGAUCCAAAGUUUGUAAGUAAUGGCGUUUAUUUGCCAAUUGUAACGUAACCUAUUCUCCCUAUAAUGGUAUCUAAGUUGUGUUCUCAUUCCUG